AUGCCGGCAGCGAUCAGGCUCGUCCGACAGGCCAUCGCUGGGCCCAGCCGCCUGCCGAUCGGCUCUGCCGUCCCUACGCCUGCGCGACGCUGCCUUUGGACCUCGCAAGGGACCGCCGACGCUGCCCCUCCGACGGCCUCCCCGUCCUCAUCCUCGUCCCCGCCUCCUCCCGGCUCUACCCCGAGACCACGUACGAUCUUCUCCGGCAUUCAGCCGACGGGCAUCCCGCACCUCGGCAACUACCUCGGAGCGCUGCGCAACUGGGUCGACCUGCAGAAUGGCGCCUCGCCGGACGAUACGCUCCUCUUCUCCAUCGUCGGCAUGCACGCCCUCACCAUGCCGCAGGAUCCCAAGCGCCUCUUUCGCGAGCGCCGCGAGAUGAUGGCCACCCUCCUCGCCAUCGGCCUCGACCCGCACCGCUGCACCAUCUUCCACCAGGACCAGGUCAAACAGCAUGCCGAGCUCGCCUGGUACCUCAUGUGCCAGACACCCUUUGGCAAGCUCGGCAGGAUGACGACGUGGAAGUCGAAGCUGGCGACGGCGCGGAACAGCGCAGACGAGUCGUCCAUCGACGAGACGCAGCUCGCACUUGGCCUCUUUGCGUACCCCGUGCUCCAGGCCGCCGACAUCCUGCUCUACCGUUCGACGCAUGUGCCUGUCGGAGAGGACCAGGUGCAGCACCUCGAGCUCUCUCGCGACGUCGCCGACCUCUUCAACCGGACCUACAGGAAGCGCUUCUUCCCGCUCCCUCAGCACAUCAUCACUCCGACCAAGCGGAUCCUCUCGCUGCGAGACCCGACUUCAAAGAUGUCCAAGUCGGCGCCAGACGUCAACUCCCGCAUCCUCCUGACCGACACACCGGCGCAGAUCUCGUCCAAGAUCCGCAAAGCCGUCACCGAUGCGGAGCGGACCAUCUCGUACGACCCAACCAACCGGCCCGGCGUGUCGAACCUGCUCUCGAUCCUGUCCGGCCUCUCGUCGGAUCCAGGAUCGACGCCAGCCAAGGUGGCCGAAGAGCUCAACGGCGCCCUGGCGCGCCAGGCCGAGCAGGGCGGCAAGGAGCUGCCGAGCGGCAAGUACCUCAAGGACGCCGUCGCCGACGUGUGCGUAGAGGCGCUCCGUCCCAUCCAGCACGAGCUCGAGAGGGUCAAGAUGGACCAGGCCUACCUCGCCGAGAUGGAGGAAAAGGGCAGGGCAAAGGCCGAGGAGGCGGCGGAGGCCAACAUGCAGGCCGUCCGGCGGAUGAUGGGCGUCGCUGCUUGA